GAUAGUGACACACAAGGAAGAGAGAGAGACACUCUUCUCUCUCUUUCUCUUUCUAUCUCUAAAACCUUCUCUCUCUAGAAUUCUCUUUCUCCUCUAUCUGUCUAUCUAUCUAUCUAAAGUUUUUAUUAUUAAGAGCGGUUUUUAUGCAAAUUUUGCUUCUUCUCUUUUGUGGGUGUUAGUUAGUGGUUCCUAUUAUUUCUCCAUAAUAAUCAAAGUUUCUGCCUUUCUCAUUUUUGGUUCUCUUACCCACAGACUCUCUCUCUCUCUCUCCAACAAAUUCACUCCCUCUCUCUCUCUAACCCAAAAAUUCAAUCUUUACCCCAUUUUUUCUAAAAAGAAUUUGUCUGUCUCCAAAACUGAGUUCUUUUUAUGCCCAGCAUUGAAUUGUGCUUCUCUCUCUCUCUCUCUCUCUCUCUCUUUUUAUCAAUUCUUCUUUAGCAUUAUUGGGUUUGUGUUUUUGCUUCAAUCUUGGUCAAUCAAAUCUUGAUCUGGAUAAGGGUUUGCUGUAAUGAAAAUUUUGAAGCUGAAUUUUUGUUGGAAUUGGUGAAAGUUUUGGAUUUGCAAUUGAGGUUGGUGAGGAACAAUUGUUAAUAAAUCAAAACAAAAGGUGUCCUUUUUUUAUUUAUAUAUCUUCAGUUGAAGGGGAUUUAAAUUUCUAGAGGAAAGGCUUAUUCUUUUUUUUUUUUGUGUGUAAUAGAUCUUCUUAUAUAGAUCUGGCUUUUAUAAUAUAUAUGCUUUUUUAGCUUUUCAUGAUGUGUUUUUGAAAGAAAAAAUGGAAAAGAGGGAGUGAAGAUUCUUAUCCAUUAAAAAGUAUCUUUUCCUUCUGUAGCAAGUAAGAAAAGCUUUGGCAAAUUCUAUUCUUCUUUUGCUUAUUGGUGGAUUGCAUGAUUCAGAGCUUUUGCUUUUAAGCCAAAUCUAAGCUAUAGCUUGAUUCUCCGGCAGUGAGUUCAAAAGGGUAUACUGCAGUUUUCUUAUAGAUUGCUCUUUAAGUGGUUUGAUGCCUUAUUGAUGAAUUAGUCCAACUGUGAAUUUAGAUGAUUUUUAGAUUUGAUCUCUAAUUCUGGAGAUUGAUGAAGUCGAACUCAGUUGGUUUAUAGGCUCUAAAUUUCCAGAGAUUGUUAUUUGAUCAUUUUAAGGGUGAAGCUUUUGGUUGAUUAAUCCAAUCCCGUCCCAUCAUUGGCCUGUGAAUUUAAGAAAUUUUUUAGGAUCUUCACCAAUCAGUUCUUACGGAUCCGUCUUCAGAAAAUAGUGGGUGCUAUUGCCCGGCUGGUCUGGAGUGCAUAUUAAAUAUUAUCAGGGCCCUGAGGAUGGGGUCCUGCUUGUCUGCAGAAAGCAGGAGCCCUCGCCCUGGUACACCUUCCUCUCCUGGUUUUGGUGUCAGGAAGAAGAAGAACUCAAAGAAGAGACCAGGGUCAAGGAACUCUUCAUUUGAUUAUCGGAGGGAAGAACCACUGCAUAGGAUUCCAGGCAGGCUGUUCUUGAAUGGUUCCAGUGAUAUUGCUUCACUCUUUACCCAACAAGGCAGGAAAGGGACCAAUCAAGAUGCCAUGAUUGUUUGGGAGAAUUUUGGAUCAAGGACAGAUACAGUUUUUUGCGGAGUUUUUGAUGGACACGGUCCAUAUGGUCAUAUGGUUGCUAAAAGAGUGAGGGAUCAUCUUCCCCUUAAACUUAGUGCUCAUUGGGAAGUAAAUAUAACCAGCGAGGAUGUUCUCAAAGAGAUAAGCCUUAAUACCGCAGGAAGCAUGAACUCUGAAGACACCACCUUUGUAUCUGCUGAUGAAGAAUCUAGGGCCUCUGUUGAUCUUGACGAUACUGUAAAACAUCCAGAGAUUUUUCAGACAUUGAAAGAGUCGUUUCUCAAGGCUUUCAAAGUCAUGGACAGGGAACUCAGAAUUCAUGCAAAUAUUGAUUGCUUUUGCAGUGGGACAACAGCAGUUACACUGAUCAAGCAGGGUCGCAAUCUCGUUGUUGGUAAUGUUGGGGAUUCCAGAGCAGUGCUGGGUACUAGGGACAAGGAUGACUCUCUUGUGGCAGUUCAGUUGACUGUUGAUCUGAAACCGAAUCUUCCAGCGGAAGCGGAAAGAAUUCGGAAGUGUAAAGGGCGUGUUUUUGCUCUUCAGGAUGAACCUGAGGUAGCUAGAGUCUGGCUACCAAACAAUGACUCUCCUGGCCUAGCCAUGGCGCGGGCUUUUGGAGAUUUCUGCCUGAAGGAUUUUGGCUUAAUCUCUGUGCCCGACGUAUCCUUCCGACGCCUAAGUGAGAAAGAUGAAUUUAUAGUCUUGGCUACUGAUGGGAUAUGGGAUGUUCUCUCGAAUAAAGAGGUGGUAGACAUUGUAGCUUCAGUCCCAACACGACCUUCUGCAGCAAGAGCCUUGGUUGAGUCAGCAGUUAGAGCUUGGAGAUACAAGUAUCCAACCUCAAAAGUUGAUGACUGCGCAGUAGUUUGCCUCUUCCUAGACUCUAACAAUGUAUCUACCGCUUCCACUGUCAAUGCCAAUAGCAAUAUCAAUACCAAAGAGCAGCCUACGUCAGAGGACCAAGCUGACGUUGACAGUCAGAAAGAGGAUGAUCUCAACGGUCCAACUGGAUUGGGCCGCUCAGGCACCGUGCGGAAUGGGAAAGAGGUACUCUCAGACGGAAUUGGAGAAGAAGAUAAUUCAAAGCAAGAUGAAAUGCAAUCAGAAUAUGGAAUAGAGUGGUCUGCUCUAGAAGGAGUUUCGCGCGUCAACACCCUACUGAAUUUGCCAAGGUUUGUGCCGGGGAAGGAGGAUAAGAAGGCUGCCGGAGAGACAAAAGCAUGGAAAUGAAAACAGGAAAAGAAGAAAAAGCAAGGUUUUGUUAGUCCCGGAUUUUCUUGAUUAAUUUCUAUUCUUUCUUUUUCCUUAUUUCUGCAUGGUUUAUUUUUCGACAGAAGGGGGAAAAAUAUUUCGUAGGGCCAUUAAAAUGUUAAAAUUUGGACUGGAGAGGUGGGCCCGGCUAUAUUAGUGUGUCUGGGAAAGUGUCCUUCCUCUAUCUAGGGUGGGUAGAAUUGGAAUUUUUGUAAAAUCCAACUCUCCGUCUAUUUCCUUUUCUUUUUCUUUUUCUUUUUCUUUUAUUAAUUUUUGUACUUCGAAAUUCCAUGUGUGAUCUGUUGGUUUUUGUCCAUGUUUAUAAUAAUUUUGUGACAAUGAAGCAUCUCAAGUUUCACUUGAA